GCCGGGCGCGCUUCCCGUCGCGGGGAGAGAGUAAUAUGGCGAAGACCUACGACUACCUGUUCAAGCUGCUGCUCAUCGGGGACUCGGGCGUGGGGAAGACCUGUGUCCUGUUCCGCUUCUCCGAGGACGCCUUCAACUCCACCUUCAUCUCCACCAUCGGAAUCGACUUCAAGAUCAGGACCAUCGAGCUGGAUGGCAAACGCAUCAAACUGCAGAUCUGGGACACAGCGGGGCAGGAACGUUUCCGCACCAUCACCACAGCUUACUACAGAGGCGCCAUGGGCAUCCUGCUGGUGUAUGACGUCACCAACGAGAAGUCCUUCCUCAACAUCCGGAACUGGGUCCGCAACAUCGAGGAGCACGCUUCAGCCGACGUGGAGAAGAUGAUCCUGGGGAACAAGUGUGACGUCAGCGACAAGCGACAGGUGUCCACGGAGCGGGGAGAGAAGCUGGCCCUGGACUACGGGAUCAAGUUCAUGGAGACGAGCGCCAAGGCCAACAUCAACGUGGAGAACGCCUUCUUCUCCCUGGCCAGAGACAUCAAGUCCAAGGUGGACAAGAAGCUGGAAGGGAACAGCCCCCAGGGCAGCAGCCAAGGUGUGAAGAUCACGCCCGACCCCCCGAGGAGAGCCGGCUUCUUCCGCUGCCUCCUGUUGUAGCCGCCGACCCCCCCCCCAGGCCGCGAGCCCUGGGACCCGGCCAUGGCUCAUGGCUCACGGCUCACGGCGGGCAGGACCUUCGGGGCCACCGGCCGGCGCCCCAACCACAGCAAAGGACCAAUGCGGCGAGGGGCCGCGGCCCCGGGGCACCGCUCUCGGCGACCGUCCAGCCAAGCCGGACCAGCACGGCCCCGGGGACUCGCGGACUUGUGGACUUGGGGUGCGGCUCCAUGGGACUCGGGGCUCAGCCUCGGGGCCCCAGCUACUCUCCCCCCAGAGACCGUGGGAGACCGUCCCCAGGAACCACGGUCCCCAGCCUGGCGGUGACUCGCCCCCUCCCCCAAGUCCUGAAAUGAACCGACGGACCAGCAGCCCCCAGCCGGCCCAGGGCCGGGACCCUGGCGCAGACACAGUUAAAGCUCAUUGGAAGACACGUGACCCCCGACUCCCCCACCGGCGCCAAGGGGGGACACGGGGCACGUGAUGGAGCGGGGCCCCCGCUGUCAAGGCCCCGGGCCCACAGGGGAGCCCCACGGUGCCUGAGGAAGCUCCGAGCAUGGCAGAGGGCCCCCCCAGGACAGUCGCCUCGUGUCUGCGUCUCUGGUCAGGUCUGGAAGCAAGAGAACGAGAAACAAGCCCGGGGCGGGGGCCACACCUGUCACCAAACACAAGGCCCCGGAUUCGAGCCCCCAGGCCCCACCUGUAGGGGGGAUGCUUCACGAGCGCUGAAGCAGGGCUGCAGGGGUCUCUGUCUCCCCCGUCUCGAUUUCUGUCUCUGUCCAAUAAUAAGUAAAUAAAAGCGAUUUUUGGAAGUUGA